AUGUCUGCCGAGGAUCUUAAGAACCGCGGUAACGCCGCCUUCUCCGCGGGCAACUUCACCGAGGCCAUCGACCUCUUCACCCAGGCGAUUGACCUUGAUGACAAGAACCACGUUUACUUCUCCAACCGCUCC